ACCGGCGGUGGAUGCAUUUGAAUGAUUCAAAAACUUCUGUAACGAUAGCAAACGUUCAACAACAGUUGGCCUUGGACGGUGUAACCCGUUUUUCACGUUUUUGGAUUUACAAUCUCGAAGAGAUCAGAUGUCACCUGAUAAAAUGCUUCGUGUACCUAAAUUGUGAUAUGCGUUUCUAUCAACGGCAAUUCUCAAAGGUCAAGAAGAAAAAGACCAAUGGCCUCUUGUGAUUUCGCCUACAUCUGUCAAAGACCAUGAAGCAGGUGGAUAUUAGAAAUAAGGACCAAUUAGAUAAGGAAAGACUCCUUGUGCACAGUCCAGGCAAGGAAAAGAGACCCUCAUUUUGCAGGAGGAAGAGUUCUCUAUCCCUGGAAGUGGGCUUGAAGCUGCACCGUAAAACAUCCAAUGUUGGUCGAGCCCGUAACACCGGCAUGGCCAAUAAAGAAAAUGAGGUGACAUGCUCGGAUUUGCGGGGCAAUCGCUACAGAGAUAACUGCAGGCCGACUGUGAAUGCAGCAGGGGCCUCUAAGAUGGCGGGGCCCGCUUCCAAGUACAGUGACUUCACUGAGCUAUCAAAGGACCAUGAAGCAGUGUCUCAUAUCCUCUUCGGAAGGAACCUUCGACUUAAAGUGGCCCUAACGCUAUGGCGAAGGAACGCCAGUGAAUUAGUGGCUUAUCUAAUCGUAAUUCAAGAUAGAGGAGUGCUGCUUGAUCUGUUACCUGUCAUAACAAAUAACCUUCAAAGUGAAGCAUCUUGUUUUUCAAUCGGAUGCUGCGUUGACCUCAUACCCCAAGUCAAAAUGAUUCUUUCCGGUAAAUACGAAGAACACAUAAUUGUGGGUUUACACUGGGUCCAAGCUGUCAUCAGGAAAUGGUGGCCAGACCUUUCAAAGCCAGAGAAAAUACUGCGGGACAGUUUGGACAACAGGAACAUUGUAGUCUUGAAGCAACGUCUAAGGGACUUGUGGAAGGACGGAGCCAGGCUAUGUCUGGUUUCAGGUUCUACUGGAGACCUGGCAAAGGCCGUUGAGGCAUACGUCCUUCAGCUGCCCUGACUUGUCCAUGUAGCACUCCAGGGAUGUGACCACUACUUACUGGAUCACGGCUACGUUGUAGCGUUAAUGGCAUCUGACGUAUGGACUGGAUUAUGGUUUUGUUAGUCGAAACCAACUGAAAAUGAACCUGACACAUCAAAACAACUCCUUAUUGCUGGAGAAGAAUGCAGGACUGGGAGCCUAUUUCUGCAGCAGAAGCACAGCAGGUGACUGCUUCACAUUGAAGUGGACCGUUUCAGGACAGGGGGACAUAUCGUGGACCUCCAUGAGACUGGAUAUGUCGUGCCAAGCUACUUGUCUCCCACUCACCGCUUGUCAUCGAAUGCAAAUGCACACGGAUUCUUGAAUGGCCCAAAGUUUGGAUGUUUUUAACCUGCGUUAUUUGGAAUUGGGAACUUGGAAGUUGCAACAGUCUUAAGUUAUGAGUGUGCAUCUUGUGUGUCUUCCAUGUGUGUCGUUUGAACUUGGUUCCAAGACAAGUUAUUAUUUUCAUCUUUUAAAUAAAUUUGAUAGAAAUGUA